AUGGCGAGCAGCACCUCCUUCAAGGAUAGGAAUCUCAUUGCUGUGAUCGGGGAUGAGGACUCAAUCACUGGGCUCCUGCUCGCGGGCGUGGGACACAUUAACGAGCAACAGAAGAAGAACUUCCUCAUUGUGGAUGCGAAGACCCAAGUAUCAGCGAUCGAGGCCGCAUUCCAGGAGUUCACCGAGCGGAAGGACAUUGCCAUACUGCUCAUCAAUCAGCACGUCGCCGAGAAGAUACGGCCAACGGUAGACAAGUACCAGCAAGCCUUCCCCGCGCUCCUCGAGAUCCCCUCCAAGGAUCACCCAUACGAUCCCUCGAAGGACUCCAUCCUCAAGCGGGUCCAGAAGCUAUUCGGCGAUGCCUGA